UUGAAGUCGUUCCCAUUUUUAACAGUCGCUUGUUAAACAAAAUCUCAGUUGUUUUUCUCUGUACAAUUUAUUUCACAAGAUAAGGAACGUUAGUGGACUAUGAAGCUCUCGGGGAUUGUCCAAAACACGUUUCGAGUGAAGCAUGUCAUGGCUCAAAAAUAUCAGAUACAACGUGCAUUUGGUGUGAAACAGCCAAUAUGUGCAUUACCAGCAAUAAUAAGGAUAGUCAUGAAUUCAAAGUAAAUGGUUGCAAGAAUAAAAACUCGACUGUCAACGUUGCUACUGAAUCAACAACACUAGCAACUACUGAAACUGAUCUAAGAACUGAAUUGAAGAAGACUGAUCCAAGCACUGAAUCACAUUUGAACAUGACUACAGAUACAACUGAAGGCAUUGACAAAGGAAAAUCACCGAAAUAUGUGUACAUCGUUGUGCCAUUAGUUAUAUCUUUCCUUAUUGUGUGCAUUGGCUGUAGCAUUUGGCUAUGGUUUUACAGAAGGAACAGAGUUCAUCCAUAG